AGGAAAACAUAAUAAUAUAUAUAAUAAAAGAAAGAAAGAAAAAAAAGAAAAAAAAGGAGAGGAAGAAGAUGGAACAUAGAGCAGAUCGCCACAGAUCCAACCAUUCAAUUCCAAAACAUGGCGGCUUAUAGCAUUGAAGAAGGCAUAACAGUUACUACACGUACCCCUCCUUCUCUCUGUAACGUGUCCUCUCAAAUCGGGUCCUAUCUUCCAUGCGAAUCCGUUCCUCAUUCUUCUCUAUCUUCCUCCUUUCCUCAUCCUCUUCUCCUUCCUCGUCCUUCUUCUCCUCUCGUUUCUCCUCUCUCUCCGCUAUGUCUCCAGGCGCUAAUGGUGAUUUCAAAUCUAGGGUUACGGUCGUGGGCAGUGGCAACUGGGGAAGCGUUGCUGCUAAGCUCAUCGCUUCCAAUGCCCUCAAGCUUCCUUCUUUCCAUGAUGAAGUUAGGAUGUGGGUGUUUGAGGAAGUUCUGCCAAAUGGUGAGAAGCUCACUGAUGUAAUCAACAAGACCAAUGAAAACGUCAAGUAUCUCCCUGGGAUUAAGUUAGGAAGAAAUGUCGUUGCAGAUCCUGACCUUGAAAAUGCAGUGAAGGAAGCAAACAUGUUGGUUUUUGUUACGCCGCAUCAGUUCAUGGGUGGUAUAUGCAAGAAGCUUAAGGGAAAGGUAACAGGAGAGGUUGAGGCUAUAUCUCUCGUUAAAGGGAUGGAAGUGAAGAAGGAAGGUCCCUGCAUGAUCUCUAGUCUCAUCUCCAAGGAACUUGGUAUCAACUCUUGUGUUCUUAUGGGCGCAAACAUCGCCAACGAGAUUGCUGUGGAGAAGUUUAGCGAAGCAACGGUUGGAUAUAGAGAGAGUCGAGAAAUAGCUGACACUUGGGUUCAGUUGUUUAGUACUCCCUAUUUUAUGGUCACACCGGUUCAUGAUGUUGAAGGAGUAGAGUUGUGUGGGACCUUGAAGAAUGUAGUGGCUAUUGCAGCGGGUUUCGUUGAUGGUUUGGAAAUGGGUAAUAACACAAAGGCUGCAAUCAUGAGGAUUGGUUUACGAGAGAUGAGAGCACUCUCGAAGCUUCUUUUUCCAUCUGUCAAAGACAGUACUUUCUUUGAGAGCUGUGGUGUAGCAGAUGUCAUAACAACUUGCUUAGGAGGAAGAAACCGAAGAGUUGCAGAAGCAUUUGCCCAAAGUGGAGGAAAAAGGUCUUUUGAUGAGCUUGAAGCAGAGAUGCUACAAGGGCAAAAGCUACAGGGUGUUUCCACGGCAAGAGAGGUCUACGAGGUCUUGAACCACUGUGGAUGGCUGGAGAUGUUUCCACUGUUUUCAACGGUUCACCAAAUCUGCACAGGUCGUCUUAAACCUGAAGCCAUUGUUCAUUACCGUGACCACAAAGCCUAAUCUCUCAUGAUGGUCCCAUUCAUCUGCAAAAAAUGUUUCUGUGUUGAUGUAGAAGUUUAACGUUUUUGUUAAUUACUUUGAGAAUGUUUACUGGUGAGUUGGACCUUCUAACUGGUUUAGAGGGUCCGGUUUAUUCAGUCUUUGGUCCAGUUCAAAUUUAAUUUGCUUGGAUCGAACACAGUAAUGUGUUCAAUGUUGUAAUCACUGAGUACUGGAUUCGUUUAUUAAAUUUGAAAGAUUCACGAACAAUCGUUUCUAAGUUUUUUGUAA